GUUCUUGAAGAGAGAAUGAAACUGGAGUGUAAGUGUCACGGGGUCUCAGGUUCCUGUACAACCAAGACCUGCUGGACCACGCUUCCCAAAUUCAGAGAGAUCGGAUAUAUUUUGAAAGAGAAAUACAACGCCGCGGUGCAAGUGGAGGUGGUACGAGCCAGCAGGCUAAGACAGCCAACCUUCCUGAAGAUCAAGCAGAUCAAGAGUUACCAGAAACCCAUGGAAACGGAUUUAGUGUAUAUCGAAAAGUCCCCGAACUACUGUGAGGAAGAUGCUUCCACGGGGAGCGUGGGCACCCAGGGCCGGCUCUGCAACCGAACCUCUCCCAACGCGGACGGCUGCGACAUGAUGUGCUGUGGCAGAGGUUACAACACCCACCAGUACACCAAGGUGUGGCAAUGCAAUUGCAAAUUCCACUGGUGCUGCUUUGUCAAGUGCAACACGUGCAGCGAGAGGACAGAGGUGUUCACCUGCAAAUAACG